UUACUAUCUCUAUGGUACAUGGAUAUUGGGCAACAAACGAUGGUACCAUAUGAUUGCGAUCGCAUUAAUGGUAGAGAACGUGCAUGGACUGGCCGGCCACCCAUGUGAUUGAUUUCUGUCCAGGUUCUGUUGGCACUCAUGUCAUUCGCCGCUACUAUCGGUGCGUGCUUCUACCUCUCACUAGUAUAUCGUAGCUCGAUAUUGUUAUCGUGGAUUGCUCUAGCGUUCGUCAUCACGGAUGAGUUGGGUGCAAAGCAUAAACUCAGUGGAUUGUACACCAAUCCAGUGGAAACGUUGGAGCUUUCCCUCUUCACUCUAUCCGCAUCGGUCGUGGAUAUCUACAUCACUGUGACGCUCUGUUGGCAUUUGCGGAGGAUGAGAUCAGGUUUGCAAAGAACGGAUACACUCGUGCGCAGGCUAGUGGUGUAUGCUGUGGACCGCGGGAUCCUGACAACUACCAUGCAGCUCCUGUCACUCAUCACGUACCUGCCAUUGGCGGAGAAGCCUGUAUACUUAUGGACAGUGUUUCAUUUGCCGGCAAGCAAACUUUACGUUAACUCCAUGCUGGCGGUGUGAGUAGACUCUGACAACCCCCAUGUUUUGAGUCGCUCGAAUAAGAGAACUCCCAGAUUGAAUGCACGGCAAAAGCUGGGCGAGGCUUUCCUGGAUGAUGUCGAACUUUGCAAUCGGUCUGGAGAGUUGGUGGGCUUAGGAAGCAAGAGCGAUCACAAUCUCUGAAGCGCACAUACCUUGCAUGUACACAGAUCCAUGGCAACCCGCGGCCAGUGCAGUGUCGGACUAAUCUAGCGCCGCUGGUUUCACAGCCCAUAUUUACGACUGAACUUCAAUAAUGGAUUUCCGAGCCUCGUAUAGCGACUCAAGAAAAGUGGCGCGACGCUUUGGGGUCACGAUUCG